CAACCUGCAAACAUCCAUCCACCAGCCACCACCACCAACUACUAAAUUCCACAACGCUAUCGCAAACUUCACAGACCUCGCUCCCGCUCAUCCGCAUCUGUUCGCUCGCAGAGAGUAUCUUAACAACAAGAUGAAGCCCGUCGUAGGAGUAAUGCAAGCUUGGUCUUGGUUCGUGCCCUUGAUCACUGCCUAGUGUUCUACCUAUUUCAAUCUCUAACUAUUGCGCAGUAUUGUCAUCUCCGUAUUUGCCAUUAUCAUCCUCUCCAUCAUCGGUGCUCUUUUCAAGAGUAACAAUCACGCACUUUUGGGGGGAAAAGAAGAUCCUGAAGACGGGGCUGCGGUUGCCGCUACCGUUUUCGGUGCUGUAGUUGUUUAUGCGGUAGGUUUGAAGAGAUAUUUCGAUGAUUCCGGAUUCGAUGGUCAUUUAUCAUUUUGUUCCACUCUUUUUGUCAAGCUAAUUUGUAUGCCGAUCGAUAGGUUUUCAUUGUCGGCUGUGGUUUCCAAGCUUUCCUACAUUUCCGCGACAAUCGAAGAGGAGCUAUCUCUCUUUCUUGAUAGGCGACUUGUGACCAUCGAAGGUAUAUAUGAGACAGGCAUAGAAUUUUGGGAUUGUUGAAAUGGCGUAUGGUGUUCGUUAGUCUGGAGCAUUUGAUCGAUGGAGCGUGUAUGGAGGAGUGGCAUGAAAUGGAAUGAUAAUACUGGUUAUUGAUACAAUGAACUACCUAUGGAGGACUUGGGCAAGGAUAUAUCAUGGCAACCCAAGGAUGCUCCUGGAUUACAUUUAUAUUGUUCUGUGUCCGGUUGGCAUGAAGCCUUGCGACUGCAAUAAAGGCCAUUGUUUUCACAGUUCUCGGCAUCUUCUUGAGACGCACAGGUUUGAAAUGGAAGGCAAUAUUCUUUGUUAUAGUUGCGAGAAAUUUCAUGUCUUCAUCAGGGUAUAUUGAUGUUCCUUUGGCUGUCCUCUUUUUAAGACUUUUGCUCUGUUGUCGCCACCAUCUUGUCGGCGCUAUCGAACCGCUAUUGAUAUUUCUUCAGAGUAUUUAGUUACACUCUUGCUAUCAUCAUAGAAUAUCAA